AAUUUUAUUCAGUAUUCCGAUUUACAAAAUGUGCGCACACCGCCAGCUUUGCACCGUCCCUAGGCAAAUUCUUGCUUCAGCUUUUCGAAGCGCUCCCCAUUCUCGUUUCGAUUUCACCGCUUAGUGGCGGUGACACUUCAGCGCGUAUUGUGCCUUUCGUGCGUUUUAUAGGUUUUUUGGUAGAAGUUAAGCAAAGUUUUUGUAGUCAGUAAAAUUGGCAAGGAUUUGGCUCAGGACGCUUGCAAGUGCCACUAAUUGCUGCAUAUAUUUUUUUAACAGUAUUUUUGCAUUUGAACUUUGGUGUUGUGUUUGCAGAAGACAAAAAAAAAUAUCAAAAAAGAAAAAUGGAUUACAGCCGUACUUCGCAUGAACUCAAGGAGUGGUUUGGAUUGCAAUCACCUCACUUUAUAUUCGCUGUGAUAAUUGCAUAUCUCAUACUAAUCUAUAAAAUAGUACCGAGCUACAUGAAAAAUCGCGCAGCCUAUCAGUUAAAAACAUACAUUGUUCUCUACAAUACGGCACAAGUACUCUCCUGCCUUUACAUUAUCAAUGAGAUUUUCCACAUAACGUCGACAAAAAUAUUUUAUUUUUGGGAAUGCUCUAUGUUCGAUUCGAAUACACAUGCUGAGUAUCUCUUCAAUCGCGUUACAUACUUCACAUUCUGGCUUAAGAUUAGCGAACUAUCGGAGACGGUUGUAUUCGUGCUGCGUAAGAAACAGAAUCAGGUGUCUCCAUUGCAUGUGUUUCAUCAUUGUUCGACCAUUACAUUGGUAUAUGUGUUGCUUGUGAAUUACAGAGGUGGCUCGGCUCUAUAUCCGUUGUUGCUCAACAGCUCUGUGCAUGUGAUUAUGUAUACAUAUUACUUGGGUGCAGCUGUGUGCGAUGAGCAAAUUCUAAAGCGUUUAACGCCAGUAAAGAAAUCAAUUACCACUAUUCAAAUGAUACAAUUCGUUCUGAUCCUUGUGCAAGCCUUCGUUAUGACAAAGCGCUGCACUGUAGCGCCAAUGGUGAUGGCGUACUAUGCUUUCGUUAUACUUGUAAUAUUCUAUGGCUUUUACGACUUUUACAAGAAGGCAUAUAGAGUUGGCAGUAAGAAAGCUAAAGUUUUAUAGUAUUGAUUUGCACAGACCAUUAUCGGCGGAUUAUUUGUAUUUAAUGGAAAACUUUAAGAUAACAUGAAAAAUUGUAAAAGCUAUACAUACAUAUAUAGCACAAA